CCUCACCCGCAUGCUUCAUUUCCGCCAUUUUGAGAACGUUGCGGUGCGUGCAGUUUUAUAUAACAAAGUCUGACGAACCACCUCAUAUACUGAUGCAAUUUUAUUUUUAACAUAAUCAUUUGAUAUCCCAACAUGAGUGAGCUUGAUCCUAGUAAACUUGAUAAGUUAAAAGUCGCAGAACUUCAAAAAGAACUUGGGUCGCGUGGUUUGGACACAAAAGGAAAGAAAUCGUUAUUGAUAGCCCGGUUGAAGAAAGCUUUAAUAGCUGGAAUUGAUGAAAGUGAGAAAACACCUGAUGCAGAUCUGUCAGUGAAUUCAGCUCUUGACACAUCACAUGACAUAUCAGGAAAUCUUGAUGAAAGUUCACAAGAGGCAUCGCAACAGUCUGCUCCUGAAAAUGAACCAGAGUCAGAGCCUGAACCUGUCCCAGAGCCAGUUCCUGAACCUGAACCAGUGGCUGAGCCAGAACCCGUCCCGGAGGCUAACCAACCCCAAAGCUGGUCCACAGGCUGA